CCGGACCGGAAGGCGGGUCUGGGGUCGGCGCUGGGGCGAGGGCGGCGAGAAUUCUGCCGGGUAUCGGGAGAGAUGGGGAACAGCAAAAGCCGUUCGGGGCAGAAUUUUUGUUCGCGGUUUCUUCCUGAGGAGCAGGCGGAGGUGGACAGAUUGUUUGCGGCUCUGUCGUCCGAUGAAAACGGCUCACAUGCCUCACCCGCAUCCUUCUCUCUGCAGGCGCUGAAGAACCACGUUGGGGAAGCUCUUCCCCUGGAGAUGGUCACCAGACUGUACGACGGCAUGCGGAGGGUCGACUUGACGGGGACGGCGAAGGGGCCCAGCGAGCACGUGUCCCAGGAGCAGUUCACAGUGUCCAUGUCCCACCUGUUGAAAGGAAACUCCGAGGAAAAGAGUCUGGUGAUUCUGAAAAUGAUUUCUGCCACAGAAGGGCCUGUGAGAGCCAGCGAAGUCCAAAAGUUUACAGAGGACCUGGUUGGCUCUGUGGUGCACGUGCUAGACCACAGACGGGAGCUGAAGGGCUGGACCCGGAGGGCCCCAGGUCCCGCCCCGAGGGUGCAGGCGCUGGCUGCUCAGCUGCUCUCUGAGAUGAAGCUUCAAGAUGGCGAGGGGCUCCUCGGCCCCCAGUGGCAGGACCGCGAGUGUGACCAGGCCGUGAUCGAGGACUGGGUGUUCAGGGCGCCCCACGUGGCCGUGUUUCUGAGCGUGGUCAUCCACAAAGGCUUUCUCGUCCUGUGCUCAUCCCUCGAUCUGAGCACCCUGGUCCCCGAGUGUCAGGUGGACCAGGGCAGGAAGCUUGAGAGCAUCCUGGACGUCCUCUCGGUCAUCUACGUCAACUCCCACCUGCCUCGGGAGCAGCGGCACCGCUGGCGCCUCCUCUUCUCGUCCGAGCUCGACGGGCACAGCUUCUCCCAGCUCUGUGGGCACAUCACCCACCGGGGGCCCUGCGUGGCUGUCCUUGAGGACCACGACGGCCACGUGUUCGGCGGGUUUGCCUCCUGCUCCUGGGAGGUCAAGCCUCAGUUUCAAGGGGACGACAAAUGCUUCCUGUUCUCCGUCGCCCCCCGCAUGGCCGUGUACACGCACACGGGCUACAACGACCACUACAUGUACCUGAACCACGGACAGCAGACGAUCCCGAACGGACUGGGCAUGGGGGGGCAGCACGGUUACUUUGGGCUUUGGGUGGAUGUCGAUUUCGGGAAAGGACACAGCAAAGCCAAGCCCACGUGCACCACGUACAGCAGCCCGCAGCUGUCUGCCAAAGAGCACUUCCGGUUUGACAAGAUGGAGGUGUGGGCGGUCGGAGACCCCUCGGCGUCGGAGCUGGCCAAGAGCAGCAAGAGCAUCCUGGACGUGGACCCCGAGGCCCAAGCCCUGCUGGAGAUCAGCGGGCGGACUCGCCACAGCGAAGGGCUCCGGGAGGUCCCGGAGGACCAGUGAGCAGGGGCCGGGCAGGGAUCCGGCUGGAUAGGAGGCGCCUCUGUUGCCCCCUCCCCUCCCGCGUUGGUUUAACUUUACCAGAGAGCCGCACAGGCCUUAGCCCGGUGGUCCUGGAUGUGCUUGAUCAGCACAGAGCCAGUGCCAGGAAAAGGCCUCUGAGGCCGCGGAUUGAUGGGUGGGCGCAUCUCCCAGAAACCUUGAGUGGCAAAUGAGCGACUUCGUCCCCCACUUGGCUCCUUUUGUAUCCGUGAAAUCCGCGGACGCUGAGACAUUUGCGAGCGCUGCUGGCAUUAGUGUUUGUUGGGAGCGUGAAUGCUCUCCAUGGAGGAGGGGGCUCCAUCCUCUGGUGUCACUUGGCCUCUGCUUCCGCCACCCCAGUUAGAAAAGCGCCUCGGUGGUUGGUUUUGACUGGUAAAUGACAGACACGUUUGGGUGAAAGUCUCGAUUCCUUUCGUGUGCAGCUUCCAGCGGCAUGGAAUUUCUGUAUUUGUUUUUAAGCACGAACAGUGUAUUGAUGGGGUAAGUGGUCUCAUGGUGGCGCGGUCCUCAGGAGGUGUUUGUAACGAAGGUUCCACGUCUCGCUUUCGUAGCUGCUUUUAAGUGAAUCUGUGUUGUGAGCUAACGGGACAGUCGGGAGAAGCGCGGUUGUGGUGCUAAGUCUGGGAGCCUGGUCGAUACACACAUAUGACCCGUCCUGUACGUUGGUGGUGAGUCACAUCCCAGCGCUGGCCUGGCCUCCAGACCUGGGCCCGAGUCACAGCCCUCAGUAUCGCCAUUUUCCCAGGGCUGCUCCCCAAGGGGAUGAUGGGUAAUUCAACAGUGUAGACUCACUGUAAACAAACUGCAGUGAUCCUGAAGUGCUGACAAUUAUGGAGGUGGGUUGGGCCUCUGAGCAGAGCUGCCGGCUCCCCUCUGACACAGGUCCGGAAAGCCACGCGCCGUGAGGCAUCAGUGCACACGGCGAGAACCCCCUGCUGGAAGGAGCUGCGGGCUCUUUUCUCAGACAUAUACCUCUUCCUCUAGUCUUUUGCUAUAAACUCUGACCUUUUGCAAAUCUGAUGGGAAAAAAAUGCGGCCUUUCAUUAUAUAGUUUACCUUGAUUAUAAGCCAUAGUAAAUUUAGCUGCUUGGAUUCUGCAGGGAAGCUCAUCAAACCUUCCACUUAGCAAUAUCCCCGACCGAGGCAGAAGGCCUCGUAGAUUGCCUUCCGAAGAAAAGUGCGCUCGAACAGCGCACGGAGGCGCGGAGCUUGCCGCAAACAGGGACUUAGUCAUGACUGAUGCUCUUAUAAAAAGCCAGCUUUUAAUGGCUUGUUGGGAACAUAUCCCUACCGUAAUUCCAAAGAAUUAGGUCCCCAUCGUCACACUGUUUUGGAAUUUUUUUUUGAUAAAAAUGCAAUUAAAUACCUCACUAAUAAAAGGUCUGUCAGCGUCUGAGCCUUGAAUACGACUCACUGUUGCCUCUGCCUUCGGCUGCCAGGAAGGUUACGGUUUUGUGUCCUGCACGGUUUCCACCUUGAGCUUGUUCCAGCAAGAGUGCGGGUCACAAGUGGGGGUCUGCUGGCCAAGACGGACACUUGCACAGAGAAGUGAGGGUGCCUGCCCAGGUGCUUGGGAACCUGGGGGAUGCAGCCCUGUCUGUGCCCUUCUCCCGGUGUGGGAUUCUGCCUCUCGGCACACAGAUCUGUGUAGGCUGUCGGCAGACCCGACAGUGCUUUAGCUGGUCUGAGAAACUUGGAUUCAGGUUCUAAGGAUUGGAGGUCUUCUGCAAGU